AUGAGAUGUCAGGGGAUCUUGUUGGCGCUUGCGCUCUUUGUCGCUGGAUCUGGCGCUGAGCCGAUACCGCGGGCUGUGAAAGCACCCAAGGUUGAUCUGGGCUACGCUGUCUAUGAGGGGAGGUAUGAUGCUAAUACCAGCAUCAAUAUCUUCAAAAGCGUUCGGUAUGCAGCGCCACCACUCGGCAGCCUCAGGUUCGCCGCUCCUCAAGCCCCUGUGCGGAACAGAAAGACAGCGUCAGCUUUGAGCGAUCCACCAGCUUGUCCGCAGACUGGCGCCUCUUCACUGACCCCAGCGGCUUACGGCUUCACCUCCGCCAUCGGAAACGAGGAUUGCUUGUUCUUGAACGUAUACGCGCCGGCUCAUGCGAAGAACCUGCCUGUCUUCUUCUGGGUUCAUGGUGGAGGGUACGGGCUAUUCAGCGCCUCUGGGCUAGACCCCAGCGAAUUUAUGGCCACCAACAAGAAUGGCUUCGUCAGCGUCAUAAUUCAGUACCGCCUGGGCGCUUUCGGGUUUCUCUCGAGUCCAGAGGUGAAGCAGCAUGGUGCGCUCAAUGCUGGGCUCCUUGACAUGAACUUUGCAUUGAAGUGGGUCCAGGCUAACAUUGCCAAAUUUGGGGGCGAUCCUAGUAAGGUCACUAUUGCGGGCGAGAGCGCAGGCGCAGGCGCUGUUCUCUACCAAUCUCAAGCCUACGGUGGGCGGCAAAAAGAAGACCUCUUUCGUAAUGUCAUUACAGCGAGUCCAUGGGUACCCUAUCAGCACGAUUAUGACGAGGAACAACCCGCAGAAGCUUAUGCGGCGUUUCUUGAAGCAUCCGGCUGCUCAGAAACGAAGGCAAGCAUGAAGUGCCUCCGCGCAGCAGAUACCAUCGUUCUUCAGAAUGCCAGCGCCAGAGUUUCGGAAGCUGGCCCUUUCGGUACCUUUGCUUUCUUGCCAGUAACAGACGGUACAUUUGUCCAGGACCGCCUCUCCACAACCCUUACUUCAAAAUCGCUAAAGGGAAGGCGUGUCUUAUCGGGUAACAUGGCAAACGAAGGAGUGCCACUCUCGCCUCCCACCGCACGCACGUUGCAGGAUUUCCGAGACUACAUUGAUCUGGCAUUUCCCGACUUCACUGCAUCCGACAAAGAUCGACUGGAAGAAACAUACUCGUUUCCUGGGGAUGACCUUGACGUGAAGCCCAAUGCUACGCGCUUCGCUACAUCUGGUACUGGCCUACCUACGGCACUCAACACGAGUGAAUUUGGAACAGGAAAUCAACAACGCCUAUUCAAUGUCUUUGCAGAGUACGCCUUCGUCUGUCCAAGCUACUGGGCCGCUGGAGCUUUUACAGAGGGCUGGAAGUAUCAGUUUAGUGCACCUCCAAGUUAUCAUGGCUAUGAUCUGCAAGCGCUAUGGAGCGGAACUCCAACGCCCGGCAAAAGCUUCAAGCACGCUUUCCGUAGGAUUUGGGGCAAUUUCAUCACAAAGAAUUCGCCGGUGAUAAGCUUGAAAGACGCGAAGGGUGGUGUCGCAAACUCAACGAUCCCGCCUGCAAUUGGGUAUGGUUCGAGUGACAUUUCUUGGCCAAAGUGGAACAAAAACCAGCCUGUACUACUGAAUAUGAACGCUACAGGCGGCAUCCCUUCCUUCGUGCAAGCGACAGACGACCUUUACUACUACAUUUAUAGCGAUCCGGGCGUCAGCAACCAGAUCAGUUUGGCCGAUGCAAAUGCAUGGGAGGGUGGAAGGGGCGGGCGAUGUGAGUUUUGGAAAGCUAUGGCAAGCAAAGUACCAUAUUGA